GAGUCUGCUGCAGCGCCCCCUGCUGGUCCCCCUCAUCCUCUCGGUCUCCAGCUUUAAAACAUGCGGACAAACACUGAAGUACAAAAAACUGCAGUUCCUCAUGGUCCACUAGAGGCCUGCUGGUGCGGUCCUGUUAAAAGCCCCUUGACCCUCAUAGUCAUUGUCGUAGUUUUCUCCCGCUUCAUUUGGGUCCGGGUUGCAGGGGCAGCAGCUUUAGGAGGGAAGCCCAGAUGGCCCUUAACCCAGCCACUUCCACCAUCUCCUCCAGGGGGGAUUCUCAGGCACUCCCAGGCCAGGCAGGAGAUAUAAUCCCUCCACCUGGUCCUGGGCUGGCCACGAGGUCUCCUCCUGGUUGGACAUGCCUGGAACACCUCUAAUUAGGCUGUAUUGGGACAAAGGAAAAAGUGCCUAGAAAGUGAAUUUCGUUUAACUACGCUGGUGCUACUUGUUCAAUGCAUUUUUGCAUAGACAAUACCCUUCUGGACUUUGGGUUAAAAUAUCUACUCAGACUAUCUGUCCAACUUUUGUCUCCAGCCAGAAAUGUACAUAUGUGAGUCACACAAAAAACAAUUAUAUGGUGCUGCUGUUUUUGUUUGUAGAAACUGCCAUGUUGAUUCUGGCAAGACAAAAUCUUUCUCAAAUGUCAUAAAUACAUCUACCCAACAUCUGAAACAGUUAUUGGUGCCAUAGUAUACGCAUAAGUGAGAUUAUGAAAUGUAGCAAACCUCUCAACUCAAGUGAUUUGCACCCAGCACAAUACAAUAUGUACAGUAAAUCUAGCUAAAAGCUUAUGUUUCAUACAUAAAAAUGAAACAACCUACCGUGUAAUAAAAGCAAUAAAAUAUAAACAGCACACCAUGGCCAUAAAUGGCAGAAAAAUCAAUCAAAUUGCAACCAAGCCCCCCAAAAUUGGAAUAAUGGAAAAAAUGUAACAGGACAAAAAUAAAUGCACAAAAGGUCUGAAUUAAUUCAAAAUAUGGUAUAAAACAUUUAUUCAAGUAUCAAAGUGUCAAAACAUCUGACAUUUAUCAAUCCCUCCAGAAUAUGAAAAUAAAGAUCAAAACACAAACACAGACAAACGUAGAACAAAUAUAAAAAUAAUAAAAAUCUCAAAUCUCUGUGUAGUAAUCCUUUACACAAUAACAAAUUGUACAUGGUGACAUGGUGCGUAUAUUACGCAUCACUAUCACUUUGAUCAGAGUCAUCAUCCCAUACAGCUCUUUCCUGUUUCCUUUGAAGCCUUCUCACAUGCACCGACAUAAAUCUGUACAAGAUAGUCUUAUAGACAUACAAGAACAUCGUUCAGGUGACCCAUGUCCUUUAAGUGAAGGUGGACAGUUGAGUCCUGACCUAAGGAAGUGGCUCUCCUGUGCUAAGCCAUGCGCUUGGGAAGCGGUUGUUUAGUUUCCCCAAUGUACAGGUCCGAGCAUUCCUCACUGCACUGGACGGCAUACACCACAUUACUCUGAUUUUGGAGUCUUCAAGAAAACCAUGACUUGGAUGACUGAGAACCUACAUGGACAACAGGUUAGCUUAUGAGCUACAGUUACUUAGCACAGAUGAAAGUUAAAACAAAGACGUUUAGCAAACUGUUAAAGCACACAAACCAUUGUCAUAUGAGAAAUCGGAUGCUAUGACUCUCCACAAGUUGUCCUUCAGGUUGUUAUUGUGGUGAGACUCCUCCGCCUCUUGUUUUAUUUUGGCUGGACUUCCUGUGUUUCUUUGUUUGCCUGGUCUGGCUUUACUCGCUUUCAGAGCUUCCUCCCCUCCCCCGGUCACUGAGGCUGAGUGAGACUACACACCUGCGCUACAUCUACAAUCAAGACACUUUAAGAAGCCAGCAGCCCUCAGUCUCAGCGCCUGAGUAUUGUCUACCCUUCCUAGCGGUACAGCAGGUCUCCUAGCCUUCCUAUGUGUAUGAGUAUCAGUACUUUGCUCCUUGUGAUUCGUUGCAUGUUCGCUUACUUCCUUCUCCUCUGGUUUUUUCUGCAGUGUCUCCAGCCCACACGACAGCCAGCCAACCAGCCUACCAGACUUCCUCUUUUUGCAUUUAAAACCUGUGUUUGGACAUAAAAUUACAGUUGAUCUCUGUCUCCGUGUCUGCUUCUGGGUCCUCACAACUCACCAGCCACACCACAGUUAUCUUUGUAAUAUUUGUGUUUUUCAUCAAAAAGCACUCUGUUCUCCGACACGUAAAUGAUCAGCCGGUCGGCCAUGUUGGACAUACCGGUGAAUCAGACGUCGUAACAACAUGCAAUCUGAUUGGUCAGAAGUGGACACAUAGUAUGCGAAACUUUAGAAAAAUCGACAGUGAUCCAAAAAAAAAAAAGCCGCAAUAUUGCAGGACGGGAAAACGUCGCUGAUGUGAACGCUUGUAUUGACAGGAUAUGGGUUCGAAAAAAAAUGUUGACGUCUGAAUGAAAAAAACGCUCCCAGUGUGUAAGGACCUUUACACCAAAAUUUUACAGCUGGACUCCUAGAAUAGUAGCCUGAUAUCACACACACAAAAAAAAAAAAUCCAAAUUAACAACUAAACAUACCGAACUGUUGUUUUAUUACGUUGUGUCUGGAUAUUGUCCGUCUUUUGAGCUCACUGUUGCUUGGGUGGAGUGGGUGUGUGCUCGCUGCUGUGACUCUUGGUCGUGGAUGCUGUGUUAUCUUAGCAGCUAACUUUGUUGAAGCAUGCCGCUCCUCUAGGAGCUUCAGUAGAUUUCUGUUGCUGUUGUUCACUGUAGAAAGGAUUUUUGACACGGAACACAGUUUACAUGUUUUUCCCUUUGCUCUCCAGUUGAAAAUUAUGUGAGUAUAUCCAAAAGUAGAAACUUAUCUUCCCCUUCUCAUUGUUUCCUAACCUGUCCGGUCCUCUUCAUAGCGCAUGUUUGAUUAUGUGUGUGAAGCUGAAGAGUGAUAAGAGCUUUGUUUUUCAAUUCAAUUAAACUGUAUUGAUCGCUUAAAUGUUAUGGGAACUGUGUGCCGCUGUAAAACCUCACCAAAAAGAACGGAGUAACGCAGCAUUUGGUAACAGGAAUGGAGUUACCGAAUAAAAAUAAAAAAAACGUGUUACAUUAUUAGUUACUGAAUAAAGUAAGAGCGUUACUAAUAACACGUUACAACUCAACACUGGUGGCAUCAUAUGGAGACCAAGAGAAUUCAGACCUGAGGGUUUCUUCCCUGCAGUCAGUCUCAUUUGGUCAUUAAUGUGGAGCUGUCCUCUGAUACAGAAAUAAAUGAGGAGACGUUCUCUUGAAACAGUCUGUGCAGUAAACAGGCAUCCAGAGGGUCAGGAAGGUCAACCUGCUGCAACAGGAGAGCUAAACUUCUGCAAAUGAGCCAAUCACAGCCCUCCUUACAGAGCUGAGCUGUAAACCUGCUUUACUUUGAGUAGCCUGGUUGGUUACUAUGAGUUUUUGAUGAAGUUGCUGAAAAACAUGGAAAGGACAGCUGGACACACCUGUACCUGAGUCUCUGUCAGACUGUGUGUGUGUGUGUGUGUGUGUGUGUGUGUGUGUGUGUGUGUGUGUGUGUCAUCUUCAUCCUUUAAAAACACUCGAGCAGCUUCAGAGCGAAACAGCGAGUGAGGAAGAGGAAGUGGUGAAGAGUCAUCUCUCAACCUGUUUGCACGACAUGCAACACCUUUCUGCACAAUCCUGCUCCUGUCAGCAGUGUGUGUGUGUGUGUCUGUGUGUGUGUGUGUGACUGUGUGUGUGUCUGUGGUAACAUGGAAGGAGGAGGUGAAAACAUGGAGGCACAAAUACGUGACACAGGUUUACAUGUAUAAGGGUGUAUAUAAUUAUGUAAGUGUGUGUGUUUUUUUUCUCUGAAGGUUUCAUGGAGACGUUAAACGGUCCCAGAGGAGCUGAGGUCUGACUUUCUUGAAAUUACAGUCCAGUUUCAGUGGUCCAGAUCUCUGCAGAAACUCAAGUUCAGGUUCUGUUUGUGUUCCAGGUGAGACCAGAACAAUAUCUGACCAACACGGGGAGGUGGGGGUGCACUGAAGCUCAGGGAUAGUCUAGAUCAGUUCCUCUGAGUCAAACCUGACUGGGUCAGGUCUAACCCUGUGAUAAGCCUGUAUAUAAUGGUAAUAUAAAAACUGCUCAGAAUAUUCUGGAAACCUUCAGAUUAAAACAGUCGGAUUUGGGAGGAGUUCAGAUGUUCCGAAGUUAACAGACUCAGUCAUACUGUGAGUUCACCUUCACGACCUUCACCCUGACGAACACGUCUUCUUCACCUUCCUCCUGUGUUAGCUUUUACUACACACCCUCCAUGUUAAUGGAUCGGUUCUGACCCAUGUCUUAAAUCAGCUGUAAAUUUAAAACAAUUCUCUCUCAUCCAGUUUGGUUCUCAUCUCUAGGUUACCUUGUUCGGCUACAUUAUCCAUGAAAAUAUUGAUUAUAAUCGUUUUUUUUGUCGUGGUCCUCGUUUGCCUUUCUUUGUCAGUAUACCCCUCACAAUAGUGUUGAGUCAUUCGUGAACGAUUCGUUCGAAAGAACCAAAUCUUUUAGGUAAACAUACUGAACUGAAUCACUUCCUCAAGUGAUUCAUUCAUUUCUCAUUUCAGUUGAGCUAAAGUGAGAAACAGCACUGCCAGUCGAGCAGCCGGCGAACGAGGGACCACAUGCACGAAUCACGCAUUGAACUACACUCUCUGUAACCAUUUUUGUUGGACAAAACUAACUUUUUUUUUCACUGCUAAAUUGCCAGCACAACAACUCACAUACAAUAGGACACAGCAUGGAACAAGUAGUGCAUUAAACCUGCAGCAUCCUAUCAUUGCAGCGGUUUGCGAGGGAAUGGUGUAUGUUUAGUGUGAAUUCUUCUAAACGUUCAGUAAACGAAUCACUCACUGAGUCCAAUUUACAGAGCAGACCUGAUAAAUAGCAUACCAUAGUACAGUACACUGAAAACAUCAUGACUUAUAAACAAGUUCAUUUUUACAAACCUGUUUGCCAAAGAAACACAGAUAAACACUCUCGUCUUUCGGUCACAGACGGUGAACCCUGAACUGUUCAGCUGUGUAUCAGUUCAGGAGAUCGGUGUCACAGGCUCUUCCUACCAAGCACUGGAUGAUUCGGUGAUUCAAUGAACGAAUCUUUUGAACGAAUCUUUUUAGUGAACUGAUUCUAGUGAUUCAGUACAUCUGAAAGAACUGCUGUGCCCAUCACUACCUCACACAGACAUCUAUACUGAACUGAUCUCACAUGUCUGGACAUGUCCGACGUUUCUCUUUUGUGUGCAGGAAACAGGAAAAAUGAGAAUAUCCUAAAUCUCACAUGAUUGGAAGAGGAUCUGACUGUCAGUGCAUUUAUGAUUUCAGUUUUUGCUCUGAUUAUUAGAUAUUGAUCUAACUGGGUCAACAGCGACCCUAACACGACAAGUGCCAUAAUUUUAAUAAGAGCAUUUUAGAAUUUAUUCAAUUUAAUUUUUAAAUUUUUAUUUUGUUGAAAAAGAGGUUCCUGACAAAGUCAAAAAGUCUUGAUGCAGAAAAGCGAAGUUAAGUGGUUCUUUUAAGAGUUUAAAAUCAAAAACAGGUCGGAGCAGAACCGAACACAGGAGGAGGGUAAAACAAAGAAGAAGAAGAAGAAGAAGAAGAAGAAGAAGAAGAAGAAGAAGAAGAAGAAGAAGAAUCAGCUGCUGCUAGGAGCUCGCUUUAGCCUCCCUAUGAGAUGAUGAGACUAGCGCUCUCUCUCUUCUUCUUCUUUCAGAUCUGUGGUGACCAGAGUUUGGAGGUCCUUCAGUUACAGUGAACCUGACUGACAUGACUGUUUCCCCGCACUGUGGCAUUCUGGGUAAUCUGUGACAGCUGAUGGAUCACAGCGAGAAAACUGAGCUGAAAGGAAAAACACAAACUCUGCACAGCCGCACACUUGUGUGUGUGUGUGUGUGUGUGUGUGUGUGUGUGUGUGUGUGUGUGUGUGUGUGUGCGGUCUGAGUGUAAACACACUCAUCCAGCAUAAACAGAGAAACCACAGACGAACAUGUUUGUGAUGCUGACAGAGAUAUGAACCUCAGGGCUGUGGUAACUCUGACUCUGUGUGCGUGCGUGCGUGCGUGCGUGCGUGCGUGCGUGCGUGUGUGUGUGUGCAGCUUGUCUGAACCACCUCACACACACACACACACACACACACACACACACACACACACACACACUCACAGCUCAUACAAAGUCGUCUCCUCGUUUGCCUCUAUGUUUGUCUCCUCUGACUCUCCUGCAGCAGAAAGCAGGGUGAUACACACACACACACACACACACACACACACACACCUGCACCCCCCAACCCUCCACCCGCGCUCCGUUCUCCAGGAUUCAGUCUCAACAUCGCCAUGAAAUUCUGAUUUUUGCUCAGAUACAGAAACCGAAUCUCCUCACAGGAACUUCGGAUUAUAAUAGUUUUCGGAAUAUAUAUAUAUAUAUAUAUAUAGAUAUAGAUAUAGAUAUAUAUAUAGAUAUAGAUUGAUAUAUAGAAAUAUAUACACUACAGGCCAAAAGUUUGGAAGCAAGGCCAUUACAGGCUGAACAGUUGGGAGUAACUUCAAGGUUUUGUUCACAAUGCUCAGAUGUUGCUUUCAUGGAAAUGCACCAUUUUACUCCAUUUACCUUUAGAUAUACAUUGAUGAAUAGACCAUUGCUAAAUAUAUGUCAGCAAAAGAUAAGGGUUUAUCUAUGUCUUUAUUAUCUGAUACUUGCGCUAUUGCACUUCUGGUCAGAUGCUAAACUGCAUUUUGUUGCAUUGUUCUGAACAAGUAUAAUGACAAUAACGUUGAAUCUAAUCUAAUCUAAUCUAAUCUGAGUGUAUCUUGGACCCCAUUUAAAGGUAGACUCAGGUUUGAAGUGUAUCUUUGGAGUCGGACCUGAAACUCUACACAUGAGGAGGUCCUCUGCAGAGAUGAAACAGUGACACCAGAGGAGGACAGACCAUCUCAGACUAUCUUAGACCAUCUCAGACCAUCAUCCUGGUCUUUCUCUGGAGGACAGCAGCUCUGAAACCGUCUCUCUCUCUCUCUCUCUCUCUCUCUCUCUCUCUCUCAGAUCUGUGAAGUCAAACCUGCAGCAUCGUCUUCAGUCUUCCUCUCCGCCAAACUGCAGAAACUCUAACCAGCAGCUCACAGCCCACUUCCUGUCGCCUUGGCUUGCUGCUCUGUUUUCAAAGCAGGCCAGCGUGAACUCACGACUGUAUUUACUACAGAGAGGAGAGGAGACCCCAGCUGACCCAGAGACCACCACAACAACAGCAACAACAUCCUCACCUGUCUGUCUGUCUGUCUUCCCUUCAUGACAGACCAGGUCUCGACAGUUCGACCGUUUCACUCACAUUUGCGACUAAAAAUAGAUGUAUGUGAAAUAAAGUAAAAUGCAUUUAGGGUCACAUGUGCGCAUAAAAAAAAAUCAACAAAUUGUUUUUUUCCGUAAAUACGGCAGUGAAGUUAGUUUUAGGUUGGAUAUUUGACGGACAUUCACUAAGGAUCUACCGGUGUCUUCUCACUCUCCAUAACCGGGAAUGACAACAGCAGCGCGGUUAAAUCUACUCGGCACCCUUGCUGUCAACGUCAGCUGUUGAAUAAGGGACCAUCAAUAAAUUACCGGUUGAUGUUCUUAGAAAAGGCUGUUUUCCUUCAAUAGCUUCCAUGUCAUGUGACCAAAAGACCUAAAAUUGAUUUCAAAUAAUAGUACUAAGGUUGAUCAAUAAGACAAACAUUAUUUGAUCCCCUAAAGUUCUUUGUGUGCUCCUUACUUUUUUGAUUUAGGAAAACAUGUAUAAAAAAGUUUGUGUCACGCCCUGCAGGCUCACAUGUAUGAAAUCAGACUGGGGUUGAACUUAGCAAACAUGUUUCCUGCAGCCUCUGAAAAGUCCUCACUGAUUCUGAAGGACUUGGUGUGUCGGUUUCUUCUUAUCCAGGAGGGAACACUUAUUGUCCCAAAAGCAGGACCAAGAAGACCCUGAAAUCUUCUAUCAGGCCAGACUGGGACCACAUUUGAAGGUCAGACGUCAGAGACCUUCAUCAGGUUCAACAUCUGAAGUUUGUUGUUUACUUGUGGUCCAAACAAAAACGGGCAUUUUUAACCAUCAGGUCUCUGAAACAGGAAAUCACAUUAUCAAGUUUCUUAACAUGGUUCAGGGCGUCUUCAGACCUGUAGACCUCAGUCAGGGUUGAGAUUCUGGUCUUUCUGCUGGGAAGUUCUCCUGUGAAGGUUUGUCUCCUGGUCUCUGAUGGUGGACGUCUGCUGUUUGUGACUGUGUCAGGGUUUACUGACUGUUUCUUCUUCACUGUACAGGCUGCUCUUCUCUGCUGUUUUCAGAUUUACAGAGCAUCCUGUGAGUAAAAACACAGCCGAGCUGCACCUCCUCCUUCCUCUACACACCACUCCCUCACCUCCUCCCCCAUUCUCUGAACCCGCCGGCUGAGCAGGAGAGACCACAGCUGAAGAGCUCAGAGUGCAGCGCUUCAAGCCUGCAGAGAGAAGCAGAGAAAGGAAGAGGAGAGAAGAGAGAAGGAGAAAGGAGAAAAGAGAGAGGAGAGAAGGAGAGGAGGAGAGAAAGGGAGAAAAGAGAGAAAAAGAGAGAGGAGAGAAGGAGAGGAGGAGACAAAAGAGAGAAGAAGAGAAGGAGAAAAAAGAGAGAAGAACAGAAAGGGAGAAGGAGAGAAAAGGAGAAAAGGAGAGAAAGGGAGAAGGGGAAAAGGAGAGAAGAAGAGAAAGAGAGAAGAAGAGAGGAGAGAAGGAGAAAAGGAGAGAAGAGAGAAGGAGUUCAUUGUGCAGCUGUGAGGAGGACCCCAGAAAAGGAGGUGUCAUAGAGGAGAUGCUGUGUGUUUGGGAGGUCUGGAUGUUGCUCCUCCUGGUUGCUCGGUUGGAGGCUCAGAGUGGAGACUCAGACUCAGGUGAGAUGACCUUCAGACUGUCUGAUGUUUUCUUGGUCACGUUCUCCGUCAUCCGGCGUAGCAGCUCUCCGUGUCUUCAGUUCUGGACCUGUUUUGGUGUCUCGCUCGGUUUCUGGGGAUUUUCACUGAAUCUCCAGAGCUUUGAUGAACUUUCUCAUCAUCUGUCUCAGACCAAACUCCUCCAGGACUGCUGUCCUCCUAAAGUUCAGUCCGGUUCUGAUCGUGGUCAUUUCUCAGGAGCUCCUUCUCAGGGUUGUACCAAAGCUUUGGAUUUGGUGGACCACCAUCUCCUAUUGCAGAACCUUCAUGUUGUUGGUCAUUGUUGAAGUUUUGAGGGGGUUCAUAUCAGAUAUUCAGAGGUGUUCCUCAAGGCUCCACCUGACGACCACUUCCUCUUCUCUAAUAAUUCAGGGCUGACCUCUCACUCAUUUCUGUCUGAUUGUGACACACAGUUGUGUGGCGAUGAUUUUGUCCAUUAGGAAGUUGGUCAAACUCGUUUUUUUCUGAGUGAAAGAUUUACCCUUAAAUAUUUGGUCUCGGUCAUUAUUAAGUGGAAAUGCUGAUUAAGCAUUAUAAUAAUAAUAAUAACGCAUCAGAUUUUUAUAGUGCUUUAUCAGAGACCCCCAAAGCGCUUUACAUUGGAUACAUCAUUCAUUCGCUCACACCUCGGUGGUGGUAAACUACCUUAGUAGUCACAGCUGCCCUGAGGCAGACUGAUGGAAACAUGGCUGCCAGUUUGCGCCUACUGCCUCUCCGACCACCACCACACAGCACUCACAUUCAUACACCAGUAGAGGACACACACUGGGAGCAAGGUGGGUUAAGUGUCUUGCCCAAGGACACAAUGGACAGACCAGGGACAGGAUGGGGCUCGAACCGCCAACCUUUCAGUUAUUGGCUGACCGCUCUACCUCCUGAGCUACUGCCGCCCCAGUAAUUUCCACUUAUUGUACUUCCUGUCAGCCAUUUUUGUUUAUUAAGUGGAAAUGCUGAUUAAGCAUUUCAACUUAUUGUUAUUCUCCUGUUAUUUAUUGAGUGGAAAUGCUGAUUAAGCAUUUCCACUUAUUGUUAUUCUCCUAUUUCUUUAAUAUUAUUAUUAUUAUUCCGUACCUUUUUUGCAACUUUUCAACUUUUUUUUCCUUCAAAUUUUGUGCUAUUUCAACCAUUCAAACUUUAAACUAUUCCACUCCUUCAGGACAAGUGUGGAUGUAUUUUUCACUUUUCUAUCCUUUAUACUUUUUUUUUUUUUUAACUUUUUGUGCCAAAAUAUUAACAUUGAAGUCAAUGGGGAAAUCUUCCAAUUCUUCCUUUUAUUCUUACACCUUCUAAGCCUUAUAGCAUCAGAACAUCAGGGCAUAGUCUGGGAUUUUGUUUCUCAGCUUCAGGCCUCCUUUCUCCUGCUGAAGUGAUGCAUCUACGGUCCCCAUGGCAACCAAUUAGUGCACCUGGAGACACACAGCUGACUGGAAAGCUGCUUCUAAUGGCCGUAUGAGACACAUGAAGUCAGGCUCAGCACACAGAGCACUGGCGGUUACAUUUAAAUCCCUUCACUAGAGCGCUUGACAAACUUCGGCCCCUAUCUCCUCCCACAAACUUUGAACUACAGAAACCAUUCAGGGCUCCAAAUAUUCAGCUCAUUGAGGACAUUAUGGGGUGUACUCAGGAUUUUUACUCAUUUAAAUUUUCCCCACUUUGAAAUUAAUCCCAUUAUUAAUACAUUAUUCAAUUCUUAUGACAAAUUUAAACUUUUUCAAACUGAUGUCUAAUACUUGAGGAUGUUUAAUUAUUCAAAUUUUUCCCAUUAUAAAAUCAUUCUCAUUAUUUUGCAUUUUUGAAUUCCUCAAACAGAUUCCCAGUUUUACUGCUACAAUAACAACUAAUAUCACUUUAACUUGUAUCUUCACUUCUACCUCCACUACUCUUGCUUCUCUAAAUGUUUUUUUACUGCGUCUCAAACUUUUACUGCCACUACCACGAGCUUUACUACUUUGACUUCUACUUCUUCUAUUCUAAAACUACUUCUACUGCUUACAUGACUACUAAUAUCACUACUAAAACUACCUAUUAUCAUACUACUUCCAGAACUACAACUUAAACUUAUGCCACUUUUCACUUUUCUGUGUUUUAAGGUAAUUUUCUUCCUUAUCCAAUUUUUUUUUCAAUUUCAGUUUUUCUAGCCUUAUUCAGCAUGAAUGCAGUUUUAAUUUAUGAAGUACAUUCAUACUAUUUGUACUUCAACAAUUUUCACUUUCAUCCGACUUCUACUUCUUCUUCUUCAGCCCUUUAACCAAUUUUACAUUUAAACCUUCCUCUAUUUUUUAGCAGUUUUGCGUUGCUUUUUCAGCUUUCAGCACUCAGCAUUUCCACGCAUUUUCUGCAAGGAAAUGCAAUUUUUCUAGUUUAUAAAUGUUGUUUUCUCAUCCUGAAACAAACUAAGGCUCACUGUUGUGUUUGUGUGUUUAUUUGCUUGUUUGUUUGUUUAUUUGUUUGUUUGUUGUGUUUAUUUGUUUGUUUGUGUGUGUGUGUUUGUUGUGUUUAUUUACAGAAUAACUUUUUCAAAUGUUCUUUUCUGAUUUUGUACUCGUCUCAUCAAAGGUUGGAACCGCCCUCUUCAAGUCCUUCAGUUUGUUACGUUAAAUGAUAAUGUUGUUGUUUGUUUGUUUGUUUGUUUGUUUGUUUGUUUUUGUUUGUGGUUUCCUGAUUUGUUUGCUUAUUUAUUUAUUUAUUUAUGUUUAUUUGUUUGUUUGUCUUUUUUUGUUUGUGGUUUCCUAUUUUUUUAUUUUUUUAUUCAUUUAUUUAUUUAUGAUUCAUUUAUUUAUUUUUUAUGUUUGUCUAUUUGUUUGUUUGUUUGCUUGUUUGUUGUCUGUUUGUUUGUUAGUUUUGUUGUGUUUAUUUGUUGUUUGUUUAUUUAUUUAUUGAUUGAUUGAUUGAUUGAUUGAUUGAUUGAUUGAUUGAUUGAGUGAUUGAUUUGUUUGUGUGUUUGUUUGUUAUUUUAUUUGUUUUGUUUUUUGUUUAUUUAUUUAUUUAUUAGUUUUACUUGUUUUUGUACGUUUGUUGGUUUCUGGUUACAUGAUUUGUCAUUUGUUUAUUUGUUUGUUUGUUUUUGUUGUCUGUUUUUUUAUUUGUUAGUUAGUUUUCUUUGUUUUUUCUUUGUUUGUGUUCUGUAUUUUUUGACUGUUUAAUUGUUUGUUUUUGUUUGUUUAUUUAUUUGUUGUCCAUUUAUUUAUUUAUUUGUUUGUCCAUUUGUUUUUGUUUGUUUUUUAUUGUUUGUCUUUUUGUUUAUUUGCUGUCUGUUUAUUUGUUUUUGUUUGUUCAUUUGUUUGUUUUUGUAUGUUUAUUUGUUUGUUUUUGUUUUUUAUUUGUUUGUUUAUUUGUUUGUUUGUUCAUUUGUUUAUUUGUGAGUUUAUGUUGGUUUGUUGUUUGUUUGUUUUUGUUUGUUUGUUUUUUGUUUGUUUUAUUUGUUGUCUGUUUGUUUUUUUAUUGUUUGUUUGUAUGUUUGUUUAUUUGUGUAUUUUUUAUUAGAGCUCUGAUGGUUAGACUGUUCGUAAAUACAUCCACGAUGCAAUUGUAAUCCAUUGCUUAAAUGGAUAAAGCCUUGGCCUGGAUGAGAGGUCAUCAGGUGGUCCCCAACCAUCAUGGGGUGUUUCGACCCUUAACCACAACACCCUCAAGUUGGCAGGUCCGCAGUGACUGGCCACGUCACUGCGCCUCUCAUUCAGGCUUCCAGCUAUUGUCCUCUCUCUUGUGCCAGAGCCAACAGGAGGCUCUCUCUGCCGCUUCUCCGAGCCUACGAACAGCUGUCUUCCUCAAGUGGCCUCUCAGUCCCACCUUAGUCAGGAGAUUCCACACUUACUGUGCUGGAAACCCUCGACAUCCUACUUCCACUGUCAUCAGCCAUGAUGAAGUUACCUUGCUAAGCAGUAGUCCUGCUUCGUCAGACCUGUCAGACCUGGGGCCUAUUCUACAAAGCAGGAUUACUGCUUAGCGAGGUAACUUCGAAGGUAAAUUCGGGGUUUCCUGUUCUACAACGGGGUUCACUUCUUAGCGAGGUGAGUCUCCAUGGCAACGUACGCUGAAUGGCUAACCUGCUCCAGGGCAGGUUAGGUUCCAGAUUGAACUCACCGAGUAUAAAAACCCCGCCCACUGACCAAUGAGCUCUCUCGAAAAAUGGCUUGUCCGUCCUUGGAGGAUCCUAUAGACCUCUGUGCUCGCAUUGUCCGAGAAGCACUCCGGCGCGCAAGAGUUUUCAGGGACCGCACAGACCCACUUGGAUUACCACCUCGGAUGACCACCUUUAAUGAAAGGCUCAUAUGGCCUACAUAUCACACAAAAAAAGUAAACACAAUAGGAAUGAACAAAUGAAUGAAUUCAUCUUGGAAAUGAAUUAGACAUGUCUGGUGUAUGUUAAAAGCGCAUGUUGAACAGUGCUAUUUCAAAGUGAAGAUUUUUUGCGCACUAUACUUACGCAUUGAGACUGUCUGCAAUUUUCUGCCAGAAUUCCGUUCGUGCUUUUGCAGCAGCAACGGUGUUGCUUUUAAAGUUUAUGAUAGAUUUGAAUUCUUCAUACUUUCUCAUGAUGUCUCCUGCUCCUCGUUUGUAAAGUAUGUGGUCCUUUGCUCUCCGGCCUGCUGUGACACUCCAGACUGGUCCAUGUUCGCGAUUGGUCAGAUGCGGCGGGCUCCGCCUUACAUGCAUGCAGGCGCUCAUAGCAAAGCUGGAUCCACUUGCGGGGUAGAUAACCAACGUCGUAAGACCGUUUAGCGAGACCGCUUGCGACCGUGCUAAGUUGAGCGAACUUGCUUCGUAGAAUAGGUCCACGAGGUGGUCGGUCCUGGAAGAAGAACCAGCUGAGACUGACAGGGUCUCAUGAACUCUGCAGGUAUUAGUUUCAGACUGAGGGUACGGUCGGCCACUGGCUCUAAGUGGACUCACUUCCUGCAGACACUGCCUCUAGUGGACACUGGAGGUACUGCAGUUUCCAGGACCUGAAUCAGAGUUUUUGUGUUUCAGAGCCCAGACUGAGCUGCACCUCACACAUCAUGACCGACAUGAGCAGUCUGACCUGUGACCUGGUGGGAGGGGGGGGGGGCAGUGAGGAUGAUGAAGACGGAGAGUCCAACAGCAUCGAGAGAAUCAGAAUGUGGUAAAACCUUUGACCUUUCAGAUGUGAGUUAGUAGCGUUCAGAAGAAAAUCCACGUCUGACCGUGUUUCUGUUCAGCUUCACAGAUGACUGGAGCACCAGGUCAACAAAGUGCUUUGAGGGUCUUGGGGGAACGGUCAGCUCUUCAGAUCUGAGUCUUGUGGUUCCUUAUAAUGUGAGCGUCCACCUUAAGAGAGGAGGACCCAUUUUAACCACGGUGGACCUGAAGAAGAUUGGUAUACACUGCAUCUCUGUGUCACACACAAUUUACACUGAUCCUCAGUCAAACUUCUAUGGUGUCCAACGAGGCCAAAAGUCCUGCAGCACCCAGAGGUUUUCUUUAGGAGAGACCAGGAACACAGAUGACUAAAAAAAACAUGCAAAAUGUAGAAAAACUAACAAAACGCUGAAGCAGGAGAGGGAGAAAAGAAAAAAAAAAUUCAAAAUAUACAGCAUACUCUUAUUAUCUAUGGAUCCAAAUAACUCUUCACAAACAAAAAGGAGAUGGGAGGCAGAGGCCAACGUCGACAUUUCUCAGGAGGAUUGGUACAGUGUAUGUACUGAACAGUGGCGGCUGCUGGUCUUUCAAGGAGUGGAAGCUCAUUUUUCUGGCCUACAUCAUAUUUGUGUUUAUUUAUUUGUAUGUAACAGAACAGAGUCGCCAAACACAACGGCAGUCGUUUUUAACAAAGACAAAAGUCGCUGAGGAUCGGUAAAGUCUCUGGAGUAGUUAAGAACAAUGGAAUGAAUAACUUGGAAAAUGCUUUGGUAGAUGUUUUAUUCUUCAAGAUCGCUGAUUCGCUUAUUUAGCUGUCAAUCAAAAAGCUGAUUUCGCCUCAGACAGCACAUCCAAUCAUGGAUGCAGAAGCUCAGCAUCUGCGAGAAAGUUGGGACCGCCCUCUCGUCAUAGAACUCCAGAGACGCUGAGCGUCCGAUGGGCGGGACAAAGCCCAGCAUUUAUCCAAUGAGCGUCUACUUUCGCUGCUGGAACAACCCACUUUGAGCUUCCACAUUGAAGUCAGCAGACGCUGAGCGUCCGGCUGUGUGAAGCGCUGAGGCGCUGCGAGGAUGAAUGAGAACGAAGUUAUGCCGGUGUUGUGCCAUAAAAUGCACCCCUGCCGUAGAAUGCACCCCCUGCAUUCCAUCCACUCGUUAGCUUCUUAAGGUGGAAGAAAAUGAUCUCAUAUUUUAAAAACUACGAGUAUUUGAUCAUGACAACUUUUGUUCUGUUUUUAUGUGUCUCAAAAAUGCACAUACGGAGGUGUGCUUGGGUAUAUAAAUUGUACAGUAAGCUGUCAAGCUAGCGAACAUUAUAUUUUCGGGACAGCAAAUAUUCCGAAUCAGAGGGCUAUUUUUUCAACUUAUCUGAAUAGCCUGAAUGAAAUUAUUAAAGGCACACGCUUAUGAAUUCAUCCAAUGGUAAGGAAAACUUGGAUUAUUUUCGCCUUGUUAAGUACUUUCAACCGUCGGGGGUGCAUUCAACAGCAGGGGUGCAUUCUACGGCACAACACCGGUUACCUGUGAUUAUCACAGUGUGAAAAGAAGCUGAUUCUGAACAAAAGAUGAAGGCUUUCUAGCGGGUAUUUAGUUAAUGAAAUGAACACACAGAAGUACUUAUUUCACCAAUUUUUCAUUUUUUUUGGGGGGGUGACAUUUUAAGGGAAGCUGAGCUUCCCUUGCAGUCUUAGAGCAAUCGCCACUGGUACUGAAGCACAUCAGGUUACAAACUCUAAUACAUGGAGGGAAUUCAAAUGGAAAAUAAUAAAUUUAUAUUUCAGAACAGCAGAGAUAGUGUCCAAUAUGGGUCCACAAUAUUCCAGUUCAUGUUAGUAGUGGGGUCACAAAGUGAGAUUCUGUGACCAUCCUUUGGCAAGGAUGUUUUGACGAUUGAUUUGACCUCUUUGGACCCUUUAGAAAAGAUUUAGCCCCCAGGUCCCUCGCAAAAAUCCCGGCAUUUUUUGCUAGACAGCCAAAUUCAAGAUGGCGGCCGGCGCCAUCGCUAAAAAUUAACUUUUGAUCUGGAUGACCUAGAAUCAUGUAUGAAGACACUUUUCCAUACAAGUCAAGCAUGAGGAUUCCAAAUCUGACAUUGUUUUAAUUGUAAGACCUCGUUUUGACACCGAAAUCCAAGAUGGCCGACAUCCAGUAGAGUAAAACUUGGCUUUAGUUUAUAAAUUUUCAGUCAGUCCGGCUAUUUCGGAUUGGUUAAGUAACAAGAAGAUGUUCUCUAGGUUGUGCCACUGCCAGAUAGCCAGAUAGCUGGGGGGGCUGCCCCCUUAGGGACUGCUGGCCUGCCCUGAACCAUUCUUCGUCAGGCCCCUCGCCAGAGACCAGUUUGUCAUGGGAGACCCUUACAGGAGCACACAGCUCCAGACAACAAAGCUCUCAGGGUCAUAGGGACGCACAAACCCCUCCACCACGGUAAGGUGAUGGUUCCUGGAGAGGGUUUUUUGUUUGUUUUUUUGUGUUUUUUUUUUUUGUCCUUUUUUUUUUUUGUCUUUUUUUUUUUGUCUUUUUUUUUUUUUGUCUUUUUUGGUUGUUUUUUUUUGUCUUUCGUAACUUCCUUUAUAAUACCUUGCGUAUAUCAACACCAACAGCAGAAACAUCAUAUCCAAAACCACACAAAACACGUCUUAGUCUGAAUCAGAGAGUUCUGUGUCACUGCUUUCUGACUCAUCAGAUUCAGAUGACUCCACCCUCCUCUGAGCAACAUCCUCCUCCUCCUCCUCCUCCUCCCUCUCAACUUCUUCCUCCUCUUCAACUGGCCCUGGUGCAGGUAGGUGUGUCGGGAGAGCAGGCCGUGUGUGGCGGACAGGACGACAGCGACCACCCACCAAUUCCCAACCAUGUCCGAGUGGCGAGGGGUGAUUCUUUAGUGUGGGGUGGCGCACUAGAUAUGCCAAGUAGUUGGCACGGAGACAGUGUUGCCGUAAGCUGUCUGCAUCUGGAGGGAGAAGGAUAAACGAUUUUCUCUUCAUGGCUUUCCACUUAGAGGCACGGGCAUCAGCCAUGGUGCUACUCUUCUUGUCACCGUAGAUCACCUGUCUAGUGAAUGCAAAUAGCUCUUGUUCUACCUCCUCUUCAAGGUCAAGGCUAUCUCCACACCGGGAGAGUUGCCAUAAAAUCCUGAGUUGGCAUCACAGCCUGUAAAACAGUGUAGCUGCACAAUGCAGUGUGCCAUCUCCUCUGUCAGCAUGCCACGACAGAGGACUGUCUCUUUGUUCCUCUUGAUGCAUUGCAUGCCAGGGAGCUGCUGUGAGAUAACUGAUGCUGCAACGUAGACAUCAGUAUCAGCUGCAUCAAUAACAACGGGGCCACUAUAGCCUGACUGCCGUAGACCUGCAUAAACAGUAAAGAGGAUGGUGUCAGCUUCCGACUGUUCAAUGCUGUAGUCUUCCAUCGGUUGUUGUGUUGACAAGUUGAUGCAAUGUGGGCCAACAGAGUAGACAAUCUCAACAUUCACAUUCUGUGCCAGGUCAGUGAGGUGGCUGCAUAUAAAUUUUUGCAGCCGUCCCUUGUUGCUGACACUACACAGUAGCGUUUUGAAUGCCUUGGCAGAGGGGAGGGGGUCAUCCAAUUUCAUGUACGUGUUUGGUACAUGCACCUUACCUUGUAUGCGCAGGUCUCGUUCAUCAUCUUUAGUGGAGUAGGCUGCAUCGUAUGGAUCAUUCACACAGAUGAUACAGUGAGCACCAAGAUGGCGGGCAAGGAUGAUGGAAGACACCUUUUGCACGUAGUCCAACCAUUUGUAUGGUCUGCCGUCUUGUGUCUGCCUGUCCUCUGCUGAUGGAGUUGCCAUCCUCCAGAUCAUGCCCAUGUCAAUGAUAGCAACAUAGGGCUCUUUAAUAGCAAUCGUUUGGAGGGAGAGCUUCUGGAUGAGCUUGCUCUUCUGUGUCUUUCUGUAUGUACCGUUAGGGUUGAAUAAGGCCCCACAUUCCUCAACAACACGGUGUUCCAGCAGCUCGGGGAGCUUGACAAGUUUACUGUCCUCAACCAGGUUGAUCACCGCUUUGAGAGCGCUUCUUUCCAUUUCAGCAGCUCUUGCCUUGAGUUCCUCGCCGGGCUUCUCUAUGCAUGUAUGCUUGGAAAAGGUCAAACGUUUGCUCAAACUCACAGGUGCAUGGAGGGAUUUAUUCUUACUGAAUACUCGGUCCCGCAAGAAGAUGUUUAACUUCUGCUCUCCUGCAGAAUGGGCUGAUUUAAAGUCUGCAACGAGCUCAUCAGAGGCAGGCGUGGCUGACUGUAGGGUGCGAAGUGUGGGUGAGGCUGGAUUAAAUGGGAAAGAGUCAAACUCAUCCAUGCAUGCAGUUAGGUUAUGCACACACUGCUCAUCCUCUCGCAUGCGCUUCGGGCCACUUUCUGUGUGUUUCCCCUUUGCUUUUUUUCGGGUUGCAAGAGAGUUGUGUGCCGCUCUUAUGCGGGUCACAUUGUUGACAUUUCUGGAGUGCACCAGCAGUUGUUUUUCAUUUUUGAGUAUUGAGAGCCAGCCUGACUUCAUUUUGCUGCCCUUGUUCAUAGUACACUCAAUCCACAUGUCCCAGGCCAUGUUGGAAUAAGGGUUACCUGUGAUGGACUGAGUGAAGUUAGAACGAAGGAAGGCAACCUGUUCAGCAGGGAGAGCUGUCAGCAUUGCCCAGAAGUCAGGCAGCCACCUCCCAUACUUGUUGUUGUCAUAUGCUACCAUCCACGGCUGCAUAGCCCGCAGAGAGCUGACAUACUCUUCCCAGUUGCAGAUAUGAACUGCAUGCACAUUCUGCAUUAGUGAAUCUGUCAUGGACAGGAAGUCCCUCCAGUAGUCUGCCAUGUCAUUCAUGUCUACAUGGGAGAAAAUCUUGGUGAUGAGAUCCUGGAGAUCGGCAUCAUCCUCCAGGGCUGAAUGAGCAGCAGCACGGGCUUCCUGGGAGAGACUUGUAUUCCUCAGAAUAUCAAGAUUCUCUCUUGUCCCCUCUGUUAGGUUGGGUAUCAGUCUCUCCUUGGCCAGCUGGCUCAUAAGUGCCUCAUACAUCAGCCUCAAGCAACGAAGUCCCCUCUUAUAAUGCUUGCCUUUCAGAGCAGAAUCAACGGAUCUCUCAGCAAUAACUCCUGCCGCUACAAGUACAUCUUCUAGCUCACUCUCCUUGUAGCGCUUGUAGAUGGCACUCAUCAUUACACACUGUGUAUGGAAAGGACCAAGAAAGGGCACGAUGUCACGGUACUUGUCUGGGUUCUCAGCCUUGAGCAGAGUGACAAGGACAUACACAGGAUGAUCUCCCACUAAAAAGGCAAAGGGCAUGCGUUUUGUGAUGAUGAUGUGAGAUAGCUUUUCCAUGAUGUCAUUCACAACUGACUUGUUCGGCGGUUGAUUGUAAGACAUAUGAAAAUAAGCCUUGCUCUUUGACUGCUCCUUAUUCAAGCUGGCAUGAAACCCAUUGUAGGAAGGAAUAGUCUGCUCAGCUGCAUCAGGACGAUCACCAUUCUCGUUUGCACGAACAAGGGCAUGAAUAAUGCUCCGCUUGCGCUGAGGCUCUGUACUUGAUGAGAAAGUAGUGGGCUUGGGGCGGAUAGGAGGUUCCCCACGCUUGCUCGUCCUAUAUGGUGUAACUGCCUGCAUCUCUGAUACCUUCUCAGUCAGAGCCUGUGAAACAGUCUUUGCAUCUUUGAUGCGCUUGUGUGCAUCCUGGAUGUUUUUCUCCUUCUGUGCAAGAUGAUCUAGGCGCUGAAGAAACAUCCAGUUACAGCGGUGACCAGUACCCCCCCCCUGUCAAGGUGUCAUUUUGAAAGUCAUCGUUGUCAAUUAUACUGAUGCUUGGUUCUCCCUCAGCAAUUUCAUCAGGACACACAGAACACUGUUCAAGGUCAUGCAUGGUCCAGAUAUCACGCAAGAGAAGCACGUCACGGUAGCUGAUCCCCAUGCCCAACUUGUAGUAACAGUCAACAAGCUCCUUGCUGCGAGUCAAACCAUGAAGGGUGAUGGUGGCAUUGAUGGCAGUAGUGGUGGGUCGUUUUAUUGCAUACUGUGUGAUAAGAGAGGUGAGGGAAAGUGUGCAUGGAGACAGAUCUACCUCCUCCUUCCCCCGUAUAGCAGAUAGCAGCUGCACCAGGAGAGGUGAGAGCUCUUCCUCCUCCUCCAGCUCUUCAACCCUCGGUGGCCAUCGGAUGAGUCUGAUGGACUUAAGAUCAUCCCUGAUCCGCUUAGCCACAUUGUGCACCAGUUGCUCAUUACUGACACCGAUGGAGUUCAAUGCUGCUUCAACAUAUGACCCACCCCCAGACGUGUCAUAGACUAGGUCACUCUGGUUCCUCUGUAAGCGUGAAUGGAAACCAAUCUUACUUCCAAAUUCCCGGGUCAGGAUGUCUUUGAUGUAAGAUGAUUUAACCGCAGAUGUUGGGAAGCCGUACCGAGAGAUCAUAGAGUUGUAGUCUAGGAGGAGGCUCUGCAGUGACCUUAGCUCAUGUUCCUCAAAAAUAACUUUUCUUAUGUGAUUAAAGAACAUAGUCUGUGCCUCACGUAGAGUGACAUUGUGCAUAUGUGGGAGUUUGUCAUCGUCGGUCAUUUUCUUGUAUUUUGUUACAUAUUUCAUCCAACAUGUGUAGUGAUAUCUGAUCUCAAGUGCAUAGGGCUGAUCAGCUGCAGAAUCGAUCAGGCAAUUGAUUCUGUCCCGCAUUGUCUGAUCGUCCAGGGCAACUGUAUGGCUCUUGAAAGCUGCCCAUGCAUGAUCAUAUGAAAUCAGCAUCAGCUUUGUUUCUGGGUGCUUUGGUGACUCAGGCUUACAACACCACACACAUUUUGUUUUAUCAUGUAUCUGCCCAAGACUUGAUCGCAGUCGUUUGGCAGGUGGAUCUGCAGCUGUGGAACAGUCAUCCAACAAAGAAGACUGAGAUGGGAUUUCUUCAGUCUCUUGUUUUUUCUGUCUUUUUUUGGCUUGUUCCAGUUUAUUACAAUUGAAUAGGGUCAACCUACAUGCUUCAUGGACACAUUUUCCAACCGGACCUUUAUCCCAAUCGACUGUUGUAUAGACAUGUCCAAACUUGUCAAGGCCGGUAUCUGUGGCUUCAUUACACAGACUACCACACUGGAGAAUACAUGACUGUCUGUCUGUCCCUGUUGGUACAUUAUUUUCUUCCAUAUUCAAGCAGCUAUGUAUGCUGCAUGCACACUGUCUUUAAAGAUCAAAUGUGUAACUCCUCUAACUGUGGGCUCAAAAGAAUUACUAAAGAAUUACUAACUACUAAAUUAAUAAAUUAAUAAACAAUGCUAAACCAUUGGCCAAAUUGUCAAAUAAUAUAAGAAAAAAUAAAAUAAAAUAAUAAUAAUAAACAAAUAUAUUUAUUUGUAAAGCGCUUUUCCAGGAUGUAAAGACGCUGUACAUGCAAGAACAAUAAAACACACAUCAAUAUACAAUAAAAAAAGGCAAAAAUUGUGAAAAUGGCCGAUCUACAAGCUCACACGCCUCACAAUAUAAGGUGCUAUGGGCUUGUAGAUCUGCUAUUUUCACAAUAUCUAUAUGUGGAACAGAGUCAUACAAAUUGGGGGUUACCCAGUUCAAAUAUGAUUGUUUUGGGGGGUCAAGUCCCGAAAAGGUUGAGAAUCACAGUACUAGAUGGCAGCCAUCUUGAAUAUCGUGGUCAAAACAAAGUUGUAUGAUUAAAACAAUGUCAGAUUUGGAAUCCUCAUGCUUGACUUGUGUGGAAAAGUGCCUUCAUACAUGAUUCUAGGUCAUCCAGAUCAAAAGUUAAUUUUUGGCGAUGGCGCCGGCCGCCAUCUUGAAUUUAGCUGUCUAGCAAAAAAUGCCGGGAUUUUUGCGAGGGACCUGGGGGCUAAAUCUUUUCUAAAGGGUCCAUAGAAGUCAAAUCAAUCGUCAAAACAUCCUUGCCAAAGGAUGGUCACAGAAUCUCACUUUGUGACCCCACUAUAGAGAAACUGCAGAGUCACAAUAGAUAACCACACCCACAUAUUUUGGCUCUGCCCUAAAUUUAGAUGGAGGUUUUCAACACCCUGAAGGAGGUUUUUAAAAUGAAGAUCCCUCAAUACUGAGAGUAAUACCUGAAGGUUCAGACAGGAGGUCAGAAAAAUAAAACAUCUUCAACAUCUUAUUGAGUCUAUAAUAGACCCCGACCGAUACGGAUUUUUUUUUUUUUUUUUUUUGGGGGGGGGGGGGGGUGACUGAUUAAUCGGCAGAUUUUUAAAUUGUUUUUAUUAAGUUAUAGAAAUAUCUAUACACUGUAGGCUACUGCUCUUCACGCUGACAGAAGGAGACAGUCUGAUCAAACUCGGGCCAGAAAAGCGUUUUCAACUUUUGUUACUCAUUUCCGGUCUGGUCUCAUCUGGAGAUAUGCAGCUGCCUCAGUAAGAGAAAUAGCUCAAACACGUAAUUUGUACUGUUGUUUAUUCUACCUAUACUGGCACAGCUAACAGUGUAGCAAGGCUAACAGCAGAUGGCUAACUCUAACUUUAGCUUGCAUAUUACAUGGUGCUUCACUGUUAACUCGGCGUGACCGAGACCAGCACAGCGGGGAACAUGGUGAAGUGGGUUGAACUGAAACUUGUUGACCUAUUGUGUAUUUCACAAACUGGUUUAUUUAUCGUUGCGUCCCUGAGCUGCCUGCUUCAGAUCCGUCAUGCUGUUGUGCUGUGAGGUAGUUAGUGGAUGAAGAUUGUCAUGAGGUCACUGCGGCAUCUACAAAUGGCGGAACAUUUUCAAAAUGAAACCAAAUCUUAUUCUCCACAUUUUAUUUCUGAAAAUAUCGGCGACAAUCGGCGAGUUUUGGCCAAUUACCGAUUAGUCUCAAACGGGCUAAAAUUGGCCAAUUUAAUCGAUUCGCCGAUAAAUCGGUCUAUAACCAUCAGAAACUCACUUUUUUCACUAAGGCUUCAGAGGGCCUCCUUUAAUAACAGAUGGGAACUUGUGGAACCUUUAUUGAGGCAAUAACAGUUUAUGUUAAUGGUGUAAGAACUAUCGGUAACACUUUAUAUUAAGGUCCUUGUAAUAAGCAUUAGUUAAUGGUAAUAAGGCCCUUAUAAGUGCGUACAAGAUGCUUAUUAACAUUAUUAUUCGUUUAUAAGACUAUAUAUCUAUUAAUAGUCUCAUUAUAAUACAGUUAUUAGCAGACUUUAAGAGAUUUAUAAUAACUUAUAAGAAACUUGUUAACUGUUUGUUGAUGCUUACGAACAUUAAUAAAAUCCUCAUGAGUAUCUUAUAACUGUUUAUAAUAACAUUAUAAACACAUAUAUUGACUCAACUAGCCCAACCAUGAUGGCUUUAUCAUGCCUUUAUUAAUCUUUUUGUUUGAUUUAUUAACAUUAAUAUACACUUUAUUGCUCAUCUACUGUAAGUUAACUAUGCACUUGUUUACAGUUAACUGUGCUUUUUGCAGGUACUGGAUCAAAAGUGAGAACAAUGUCUUAUUAAGGCUGAUAAAUCUUUUAUUGAGCAUUAUUAUGCCUUUAAGAAUAUUUUUUUCCUGCUUUAUCAAAAUAAAAUGUACUUUACUAUGCCCUUGUUAUCAGUUAACUAUGCACUUAUUAACAGUUAACUAUGCUUUUUGCAGCUACCAGAUCUAAAGUGAGAACAAUGCCUUAUUAAGUCUCAUAAAUCUUCUAUUAUAUGGAGGAUGACUCCUCUGGUAAGUUUACCUGCAGCUAACUGGUUAGUGCACAUUCAAACACGCAGCUAGCUACGUAGCUAGCUAGCCAAAGCUAGUUACAUUAAAACUCUGUUUUGAAUGUGCACUAACUCGUUAGCUGCAGUUAAACUUACCUGAGGAGUAAACUUGAAUGCUUAUUGGAUAUAAGCAUAUCAGGUAAUGUGUAUUAGUGUAAUGAGGGAGGCUGGGGCCUAAGGAGAUCAAAACCCUAUAUCAGGGUGUGCGUAAUUAUUAGGCAGCUUCUUUUCCUCAGGUAAAAUGGGCCAAAAAAGAGAUUUAAGUGACUCUGAAAAGUCAAAAAAUGUAAAAAGUCUUUCAGAGGGAUGCAGCACUCUUGAAAUUGCUUAGAUAUUUGGGCGUGAUCACAGAACCAGCAAACAUUUUGAUGCAAAUAGUCAACAGGGUCGCAAGAAAUGUGUUAAGAAAAAAAGACGCAAAUUAACUGCCAAAGAUUUGAGAAGACUCAAACGUAAAGCUACCAGGAACUGCUUAUCCUCCAGUGCUGUCAUAUUCCAGAACUGCAACCUACCUGGAGUGCCCAGAAGUACAAGGUGUUCAGUGCUCAGAGACAUGGCCAAGGUAAGAAAGGCUGAAAUCUGACCACUACUGAACAAGACACAAGUUGAAAUGUCAAGACUGGGCCAAGAAAUAUCUGAAGAGAGAUUUUUCAAAGGUUUUAUGGACUGAUGGGAUGAGAGUGACUCUUGACGGACCAGAUGGAUGGACCCGUGGCUGGAUCAGUAAUGGGCACAGAGCUCCACUUCGAAUCAGACACCAGCAAGGUGGAGGCGGGGUACUGGUAUGGGCUGGUAUUAUUAAAGAUGAGCUAGCUGGACCUUUUGGGUUAAAGAUGGACUUAAAAUCAACUCCCAAAUCCAAUGCCAGUUUUGAGAAGACACUUUCUUCAAGCAGUGGUAGAGGCAAAAGUCUGCAUCUUUCAAGAAAACUAUGAUUUUUAUGCAGGACAAUGCUCCAUUGCAUGCAACAAAGUACUCCACUAUGUGGCUCGCCAGUAAAGGCCUUAAAAACGAAAGAAUAAUGACGUGGCCUCCUUCUUCACUUGACCUAAACCCUGUUGAGAACUUGUGGGCCCUUCUUAAACGGGAAAUUUACAGUGAAGGAAGACAGUACACCUCUCUGAACAGUGUCUGGAACAGUGUCUGGAAGGCUUUGGUUACUGCAACACAAAAAGUUGAUCGUCAACAGAUCAAGAAACUGAAAGACUCCAUGAAUGAAAGGCUUAUGACUGUUAAUGAAAAGAAGGGUGGCUAUAUUGGUCACAGAUUUUUUUUUUUUUAAUUUCAACAAUUUUUAUUUGUAAAUUGAGUUGUUUGUUUAUCAUUCUCACUUUAACAAGUGAAAAUAAACAAGUGAGAUGAAAAAUUUUUCAUUUUUAAUUUAGUUGCAUAAUAAUUCUGCACACUAAUAGCUGCCCCCAAUAAUUGUGCACACAUAGAUAUUCUCCUAAAGAAGUCAAAAUCUCACUUUUACUCCCUUAAAUAUUAAGGUUUGAGGUUUAUUAACAUUUUGGAUUGACCGAGAGCACUUAGUUGUUCAAAAAUAAAAUUUAUCCUCAAAAAUACAACUUGCCUAAUAAUUGUGCACGCAGUGUAUUAUCCGCGGGGCCGAAGAUGUUGUUCCCUUCAUUUUGCACGCGGCACCAAAACGACGUGCACAUUGAUCGUGUGGCUGAGCCGCUAGCUUAAACCGGAAGUAUCGGUUUUACACUGCUCUUUCAAAAUAAAAGCAUGUAAGAAGCGCACAAAGAAAAGAACAGCUACGGAUGUAGGCUGAAAAGAAGCGAAAAAAAGACGCGACCCGCGAAAAGCAACGGAAGAGGAGAAAGAAGAAGUGACUUUACCAAGAUGACACUGCUAAACAAAAUCAGAAAACUUAUUUUUGAAGGUAGUUCAACCAGAAAAACUUUAAACUUUACCUUCAAGUUUAAAGUUUUCAACCAGAAAAACUUUAAACUUUACCUUCAAAAAUAAGUUUUCUGAUUUUGUUUAGCAGUGUCAUCUUGGUAAAGUCACUUCUUUUUUCUCCUCUUGCGUUGCUUUUCGCGGGUCGCGUCUUUUUUCGCUUCUUUUCAGCCUACAUCCGUAGCUGUUCUUGCCUUUGUGCGCUUCUCACGUGCUUUUAUUUUGAAAGAGCAGUGUAAUACUGUGAUACUUCCGGUUUAAGCUAGCGGCUCAGCCACACGAUCAAUGUGAACGUUGUUUUGGUCCCGCGUGCAAAAUGAAGGGAACAACAUCUUCGGCCCUGUGGAUAAUACAAACCCGCUCUGGAUCUCGAAAAGAUCAUGAUGACAAAAGGAGCCUUUGUGAUAUGGAGGAUAACUCCUCUGGUAAGUUUAACUGCAGCUAACGAGUUAGUGCACAUUCAAAACAGAGUUUUAAUGUAACUAGCUUUGGCUAGCUAGCUAUGUAGCUAGCUGCGUGUUUGAAUGUGCACUAACCAGUUAGCUGCAGGUAAACUUACCAGAGGAGUCAUCCUCCAUAUAAUAGAAGAUUUAUGAGACUUAAUAAGGCAUUGUUCUCGCUUUAGAUCUGGUAGCUGCAAAAAGCAUAGUUAACUGUUAAUAAGUGCAUAGUUAACUAAUAACAAGGGCAUAGUAAAGUACAUUUUAUUUUGAUAAAGCAGAAAAAAAAUAUUCUUAAAGGCAUAAUAAUGCUCAAUAAAAGAUUUAUCAGCCUUAAGAAGGCAUUGUUCUCACUUUAGAUCCAGUACCUGCAAAAAGCACAGUUAAUUGUAAACAAGUGCAUAGUUAACUUACAUUAGAUGAGCAAUAAAGUGUAUAUUAAUGUUAAUAAAUCAGACAAAAAGAUUAAUAAAGGCAUGAUAAAGCCACCAUGGUUGGGCUAGUUGAGUCAAUAUAUGUGUUUAUAAUGUUAUUAUAAACAGUUAUAAUAUACUCGAGGAUUUUAUUAAUGUUCGUAAGCAUCAACAAACAGUUAACAAGUUUCUUAUAAGUUAUUAUAAAUCUCUGAAAGUCUGCUAAUAACUGUAUUAUAAUGAGACUAUUAAUAGAUAUAUAGUCUUAGAAACGAAUAAUGAUGUUAAUAAGCAUCUUGUACGCACUUAUAAGGGCCUUAUUACCAUUAACUAAUGCUUAUUACAAGGACCUUAAUAUAAAGUGUUACCGAACUAUCAUAUGAUAUGAUAUCAACCUAUCAUAUCAAAAUACUGUCAUCCUGCCUCUGUGCCUAUAAAUCUGUAUUUUUGAGUGGACAUGGUUUAUUUGUUUUUAUUAUUAUGAUUAUUCUCUUUGAUUUAAUCCAACAUUAUCUGUGGAUGUUUGUAAAAAUACACAUUUAGCUGGAAAAAAGGAAAAGAAAUGUUUUGUAUUUAGAUGUAUACUUUAUUGCAGUUAAAAAUGUAAUAAAAAUCAAGUUAAAAAACCCACUAAUGCUAACAUUAGAAAGAUGCUGCAGAUACAAACAGACAAGUCCUCCGGCCUGCAGAGGGUGCUGAGUGGACUGUAUGUUAUCAAGACAAUAACCACAAACAGAGUCCAGCACACGUUAAAGUCCUCUUCACUGUACAGUUUGCCUCUUUCUGUCCCUGCAGUGAAACCCAGAAGUCCUUGGGUGUUCAAUGUCACCUUUAACCCCAGGUCCAACCAGGCCGUGUUCCACAUCGGGACCCCGUACCACAGAGAGUACCUGACGGUGGAGAAGCAGCUGUUCCAGCUGUUCAUCUGGAGCGCAGACACAAAGACGGUAACAUCAGUCCUCCUGGUUGUCUCGUCACCGUUCGCUGUGAUGAUCAGUACUGACUGAAGUGAUCUCUGCUUCUGUUGGACUUCAGAGUCAGAACGUCUCGUCCUCGGACACCCUGAAGGUGGACAUGGGACACCUGCAGGCAAACACGCGGUACUACGUCAGAGUGCGAGCCAUACCGCUGAAAUACCUGCAGGGAACCUGGAGCGAGUGGGGCCGAAACUUCACCUUCAUGACCCCUGAAGGUGAGCGAGAGCUGGAGUCCACAGGUGCUGCUUAGAUGAGAGGAUUACAGCCGGUUGACCUCUCUCUUCUUCUUUUUUGGUAGGAAAAGUCCGACAACAGACGGAGGAGUGGCGUCAGAUAAACACUCUGACGGUGUGUCUGGUCGUGCUGCUGCUGACCUUCUGUGCUGUUUUCUCCUGGAAAAUGAAGUAUGAGGUCUCUGAUGUUUGAUCAAAUUGUUUCUUCAUGUGCUGGGAGUUAAAGUUCUUCUUUCCUUCACAGGAUCUUCUCCUACAUGUGGCCACGCAUCCCCCACCCCAAAGACACUCUGGUGCAGAUCUGCAAACCCAAUAAAGUGAGUCCUUCUUACCAACAGGAGGUUCUCACUCAUCUGGGUCAGGGUUAUCCAGUUCUCAGCUCAAAGUACAACUGGACUUCUUUGAGACACUUCACUUUAGGCGAAACGUCUAGACUAAGUCCAGUUGUCCUUUCAACGAAGAAUUAGAAAACUCUGGACUUGUGUUGCUUUCGUCAACAAAAAUUGUGACUGUUUGUCGGUUUAAUUCUUAGUUUUGUUGUCAUUUGUUUGUUUAUUUGUCUGUUUAUUUAUUUGUUAAUUUGUUGUCUGUUUAUUUUUUAGUUUUGUUGUGUUGUUUGUUUAUUUUGUGUUUGUUUAUUUGUUUAUUAGUUUAUUUAUGUGUUUGUUUGUUUAUUUACUUGUUUGUUUGUUGUCUGUUUAUUUUUUAGUUUUGUUGUGUCUUUUGUUUGUUUAUUUGAUUAUUUGUUUAUUAUGUGUUUAUUUAUUUGUUUGUUUGUUUAUUUAUUUGUUUGUUUGUUAAUUUUUUGGUUUUGUUGUGUCAUUUGUUUGUUUGUUUAUUUUUUUGUUUGUCUCUUUGUUUGUUUACAUAUGGUGCUGCCAUCCAGACAAAGCCUUUUUUAAUGAAGACCUUCAGAUUUUAGGAAGACAAUGAUGAACCACAUUCUGGACAUUUGACAGUCAGACUCCAGAACCAGGUCUGCCCGGUCCACAGAGGUCUACAGAGAGCUGAGGAUGCACAAACAUGAACCUGGAACAAAAAACUUCUUUAACUUCUUUUUUCAGGGUCUCCUGUUGAGCUUCAGACCAGAGGAGUUCAGCGUCCUGAAGGUCUUCCCCAAAGACGGACUAGAGGAUCAGCCGUAUGAAGAACCAGAACCAUUGGUCUCUGCUGCUCCUGCUGAGAACUCCGAGUCCACUCCUCCCUGCUCCACCACCCAGACCUCUGAAUGCUCCACCACCACCACUAGCGUCAGCACCGAGGAGCUGGAGCUGUCCGCUCUGCUGGGCAGGAGCUCCUCAGAUGAGGAGGACAGCCUCCAGAGCUUCAGCCCCUCCCCCAUCGACGUGGAACAGAGAGCUGAUACUCCUCAGCAGGAGGGCAGCGGGGGAGGAAACCUGGGGGAGGUGUUUGGGGUGAGCCAGCAGGAGGAGGCCUACGUCACCAUGUCCAGCUUCUUUAAGAUCCAGUAGUUCAGGAGGGAGAGGAGGAGGAACGGGCCAGACCAGGAUACGGACAGAAAACCCUCCGAGAGGCUCCCCAUCAGAGUCUCAGGGCCCCUCAGGGGGUCAACCUGAAGGGUUCAGAGAACUGCCGGACUGGAGUUAGGGUCUGUCCCUGAGAUCGUGGAUCCAGAGUCUGGACUGAACAUCUUCAAAUCUACAAGAUGAUUUAGAGGGAACCACAGGACCUGGGCCACAGAGUUCAGGUCCAAACAGACACUCAUGAUAACAAGACUGAAGAUCUGUGAUCACAUGACCUUCACAUGAAUGACCAGAGCACCAAUCAGAGCACGACUUUGGACUUUAUUCUUCAAAAGUGCAGAGCUAGGAUUCUCUUCAUGAUAGCGCGUAUUUACAAGAACCGACCCGAGAGACCUGUUUAAGUUUGGACCAUAUUUUCUCCUGCUGAGGGUAAACAAAGAGGAUUUCUGACCUUGGCCCCCAAUUUCCACCUCAUCCUGAACAUCUACUAAAAGGUCGUAUCCUCCAAUCGUAGCUGAUCAUAACCAUUCAAGUUAACGUGUCAAUUUCCACCGGCUUCUUUCUCAAACUUUGAUUAUAGUCGGACUAAGGUGUUAACAUGAACUUCAUCUGUCCGGUCUUGAUCGUAAUAAGGCGAUAAUUCGGUUUUCUCAAGUGUCAUGGAAACAUACUGAAUGAUUUCUAAUUCUACGUUGAAAUGACAACUGGACUUAGUUGAGACUUUUCGCCUAAGGGGAAACAUCUCAACUAAGUCCAGUUGUCCUUUCCAUGUGAAGAUUUCCACUCCAGAGUCAUGUGACUAACCUAAUGGUCAUAGCUGGUUUGAAAUCAUCUGAAAACCAUAAAAAUCAGUUUAAUUUCCGAUAAUUUUAACCCUUUAACCCAGGUACAAGGAUUUAAUUUAAUUGAAAAACCGUUUUUUUCUUAAGUCUGUGUCUCUGAUUCUGGGGUUUUCUCGGCACUGAGUCUCAGAUUUGUUCUGACCCGUCCAACCACAGUCUUACUGGCAAUUUCCCUGGCUACGAAAAGGUAAUAUCCUCCGAUCGUAGCUGAUUGUAACCAUUCAAGUUAACGUGUCAAUUUCCACCGCCUUCUUGCCGUUCUUCUGCGGAUCGCCGGACUCCACAGCUGAUCCCAAGAGUUCUAUUUUUUCCGGAUGCUGGAGCUUGCCGGAUAAAUUCAUCACAGAUUAACCCGUGCUGGAAAGGAUGUUGGCCACAGACACAAAAUAAAACAUCCGGCUUCUUUUCAUAAUAAAACACUCUGUGUUUCAGGAGGAUCGUAUUUCACACCACGCAAACAGGGGGAGACUAACAAGUGAAAAGUUUUUAGACGUCAUUUCACCACGAUGACACCAUGGAUGAGGAGAUGCUGAUUCUAGAAGUGUAGAAGAAGAUUUCCUCCUCUGGAAGGACACAAUCUACUGCUUAUUUGUCUAUGUGUCUGUCUUUAUAGAGACAACUCGUUAUCGCACGACUGAACAUGAAUCCGCAGGUUCUUGUAAGUUCUUGCGAUUACCACUGUCCAUAAUCAGCCACGAAAUUCGCCUCAAAAAUGGAUCUGGUAGGAAUUGGCGUACGGCAAAAAUUGCAGCUGUUCUGGAUCGGAGCCGUCCUGGAUGUGGUGGACAUCGCAGGUCAGGCUGUCAUAUAGCAGAAGUAUUAACUCAGAUAGUCAAACGUAGCUUUAAAUAGGUGCUUGCUUUUAUAACAAUAUUAUUAUCUCACAUAUAUUUUCAUGAUAUCACAUCUUUAUGUCGACACAAGUCCACACACCGGCCUCUGGUGAAGUCCAGGUGUGGUUGAAAGAGGACCCAGGUCCAGAAUCCUGCUCACAGUGAAACUCUUUUUGCCAAGCCCAGAUGUCCUGUAAUGGUGUGUGUAACGGCAUGUGUAAUGGCAUGUGUAACGGCGUGUGUAAUGGUGGUCAUAAUAAGGUCUGUUAGGGAGCUUUCCUGAGGGUCAAAAGGUGCUGAUGUUGGUGUCGGUUUGUGUUACAGAGUGUGAUACAGGUUCUGUUUAAGGUGUUACAAAGGAUCUGUAACAGGGGGUAUCAGGGGGUCUGGACCAGGGUUUCUAAGCAGCUGUGUAACAGGGUCUGUUACCUCUUACAGAGGGUUACGGGGCGUCACCGGGUCUGUCACAGAGGCUGGAAUGGGGUCAGGAUUUCCUCUUUCCCAGGUGUUGUUACCAGUUGUGUUUUAAUUCGAUGGAUAACGUUUGUUACAGGGUCUGCAGCAGACUUGGUCCAGAAACAAGUGUCUGUUUUUGAGGUGGUUUAUUUCAGGUCCAGUCUGGACUUCAGGAGACUAGGAUCUUGUUUGCUGCUCAGAGGUUAUCCAUCCCCUGACAGGCUGGAGAAGAUCUUGGUCUAAGGUGUGGUUUUUCAGAUGGACUUCAGAGUUCUUCAUUCAGCCAACCACAGGAACCACAUCAGUGACCCCUGCAGCCUCUGAACUGACCACCAGACCCCCCUAAAGAAAUGUGGUCCCUCAAAAACCACAAUAACUACACAGGGGCCUGAAGAAGUUCCCUUUGUGGCCUCCUCUAGGUGACCCCCCAGCUGACUGAUAAAACUGACCCUGUGAAGGACCUCUGGAAAACCUAAACCUUCUUGAAGACCUGAAGGUUUGAAACCAUGAAAGUCUGCCCAACAAGGACCACCUAAAGAGUAACCCCCCCCCCCCACUGUCUUUUACUUUGGUUCUUCAGUCUUUUGAGCUGUUUUGAAAUCUGAUUUCAAACUUUGAAGGACAUCAAUGAGGUCUGUGAGAACGCUGCUCCUCCCUGGACUGGGAGUCUCACACAGACCCUCCAAGAACAGAACCCCUACCGAGAACUCUGAAUCAUUUCUUCACCUGAUUCAUUCCUUAAAGUGAAUCAUUCUUUAAACUGAAUCGUUCCUUAAACUGAAUAGUUCUUUAAAGUGAAUCGGUCCUUAAACUGAAUUGUUCCCUAAAGUGAAUCGUUCUUUAAACUGAAUCGUUCUUUAAACUGAAUUGUUCACUAAAGUGAAUCGUUCUUUAAACUGAAUCGUUCCAUAAACUGAAUCAUUCUUUAAACUGAAUCAUUCCUUAAAGUGAGUUGUUCCCUAAACUCAGGAGUGGAGACGACAAUGCUGCUUCUUAAAAUACUCAAUACACACAUAACCUACACUUCCAUAACUGCACUGAGUUAAUAACCAGAAUGUCCACUUUAUUUUAUAUACACCUGUCCAUUCGACAUUCUGUAUGUAAUCUCUAAGGUCUGAUUGUACCUGAUACUGUUUACAAUGAUUUAUUUGACAAUAAAAGAACUUUGAUAAAUA